CCCGGGGGAGGAUCAGGGCCCGGCCGCCCACCUCAAAGAUGGCGACGCAACUGGCAGUUGGUUCGCGUGGACGCGGCGGACAGGAAUCCAGCGAUUCCGAUGGAGACCUUGCAAGUGAGCACUCCUCUUCAAUGGAAAAUGGGGAAAAUCAUGAGGCAGCGGCUGAACCUGGAGGGGAAUCCCCGGUUGAAAAUCCUAAUGCUGGCUGGGCAGAUGCAAUGAGCAGAAUUCUCAACAAAAGUACUCCUGGCGACAAACCAAUGAUACUUGUUAAAAAGAAAGAGAAAGAAAAAGAAAAACUGAAACAAGAGAUGUUAGAAAAGAUGAAAAAGCUGGAGGAAAAGAAAGAAUGGGAGCAGAUGUGCAGAGUGAAACCCGAUGUAGUUCGAGAUCGGGAGACUGAGAAAAACUUACAGAGGAUAGCCACCAAAGGUGUUGUACAGCUAUUUAAUGCUGUGCGAAAACAUCAAACAUCUGUGGAUGAUAAAGUUAAAGAAGUGGGUGGGUCUGAGCGAAAGCGUGCCAAGUUGCUGUCAUCGGUCUCGAAGAGAGACUUUAUCGAUGUGCUUCGUGGAUCGUCGCAAAAUGUGCAGCGGGACUCAGCAGGAAGAACACCAAAGAGUGUAAAACAGGUUGUGGUUAAAUCAGAAGAAGUUGCAGAAUGGAACAUAUUACGCGAUGACUUCAUGAUGGGAGCUACCAUGAAAGACUGGGAUAAGGAGAGUGAUGAGGAGAAAUGUGCUGAUGUUGCUGGCGAGGAGAGUGCUUCAGACCGAUGAGCCUCUGAUCAUAAGCACUCCUCGGUUUAAACGUAAACUGAUACCGAUGUUCAUUCUGUGAAUGCAAGAAAUUGUAUCAUUUGGAGUUGUUGAUAAAAAAUAAAGUGAACUAUUUCUCUUCAA